AUGUGUCGAUUUAUGGUAUACAAGGGCAAGGAGCCCAUCCUCCUUUCCACCCUGAUCCUUGACCCAGCGCACUCCAUUCUUACGCAAUCCUACGACUCCCGACUUCGUCUGGAUACACGCCGACCACACAACGGCGACGGCUUCGGUGUUGGCUACUACACUCCUCCCUCGUUGCUGCCACUGCUCGGUCCCGAUCCGUGUAUCUUCACCUCAACCAUCCCCGCCUGGAACUGCACCAACCUCACCCGCUUAGCGAGUAAGACCGUCUCGCCUCUCAUCUUCGCCCACGUUCGCGCCAGCACCGAGGGCGCUCUAGCCGAGAGUAAUUGCCAUCCCUUCAGCCGCGGCUGCUUGAUGUUCAUGCACAAUGGAGGUGUAGGAAGUUGGAACUCUGGUGUCAAGCGCAAGCUUGUCAGCGACGUUGGCGACCGCUGGUUUGGAGGCGUUACAGGUAGCACCGACUCCGAAUGGUGCUUUGCUCUGUUCCUCGACAGUCUGGAAAGACUGGGCUACGAUCCCGACAAUGCUGACGCCCAAACCAACGGCUUUGGUCACAGUGUUCUACGCAAGGCCAUCCUGAAGACGAUCGAACGCAUCAACGGUUACAUUCGUGAACUCCCUGAAGACGUCCGAGAAGGCGACACGCGUAGUCUACUCAACUUUGCUGUGACUGAUGGUAAGAGUGUCGUCUGCACCCGUUAUGUUAGCAGCACUACGGAUGAGGCUGCCAGUCUCUUCUUCAGCUCCGGUACCAGCUGGAAGAAGCAGAACAGCUCUUCCGCCGAAAAGGCCGACUACACCAUGGAGCGUCGUGAUAGAGGCGCCGAUAUCGUCCUUGUUGCGAGUGAGCCUCUGACCUUCGAGCGCGACAACUGGGUCACUGUCCCCACCAACAGCACUGUCACCAUCCACAAUCAGACUGUCCUCAUUCAUCCCAUCAUCGAUGACUUCUACAAUCCUUCGCCCAGCUUCAAGCGCAGUUCCAAAUUCGCCGAGACUAAAGGUCAAACUACCACUGAGAUGGCAAAGGCUUCGAUUGAUCCUCCUGCUGAAAGCCUCGUCAAGGCCGCUGCCUGA